ACAGUUUCUUGGACUGCUGUGUGCAGUGCUGCUAACAGCUAUUAUAAUUCUGUAUUUUGAGAACAAACACUUGCAAAACAGUCGAAAAGACCUGACAGAACAGAAAUCUGAAUAUCUUCAUCAUGCUAAUGAACAUCAAGUCAGGUAUAAAAAUCUUAGCUUGGAAAAAGAGCAGUUUCGGGUUAGACACAAUAGCAUGGUGGAGGAGAAUGAUCUAUUUAGGUCCAUAACUGCUAACUUAACCAAAGAUAAAAUUCAGCUGCAAACACUUAAUAGUAAUCUAGUUAAAGAGAAAGACAGGUUUCGGAUACUAAGUAACAAACUGGUCAGAGAAAUCAAUCAAUCAGAAACUAGAUAUAAGGCCAUGGCGGUUCAGAGAGAUAAAAUACAAAACUGGUACAACAAUAUGACAGAUCAAAAAAAUCAGUUACAGAUACUUAACAGUAACCUAGUUGAGCAGAGUGAUCUUUUACAAGCAAGAACUGUGAACUUAACCAAAGAUAAAAUUCAGCUGCAAACACUUAAUAGUAAUCUAGUUAAAGAGAAAGACAGGUUUCAGAUACUAAGUAACAAACUGGUCAGAGAAAUCAAUCAAUCAGAAACUAGAUAUAAGGCCAUGGCGGUUCAGAGAGAUAAAAUACAAAACUGGUACAACAAUAUGACAGAUCAAAAAAAUCAGUUACAGAUACUUAACAGUAACCUAGUUGAGCAGAGUGAUCUUUUACAAGCAAGAACUGUGAACUUAACCAAAGAUAAAAUUCAGCUGCAAACACUUAAUAGUAAUCUAGUUAAAGAGAAAGACAGGUUUCAGAUACUAAGUAACAAACUGGUCAGAGAAAUCAAUCAAUCAGAAACUAGAUAUAAGGCCAUGGCGGUUCAGAGAGAUAAAAUACAAAACUGGUACAACAAUAUGACAGAUGAAAAAAAUCAGUUACAGAUACUUAACAGUAACCUUGUUGAAGAAAGGCGUAAAUUGCAGUCCCAAAAUGAUAAUCUGACCAAAGAAAGAAACCAGAUACAUUUGGAGAUGGGUGGACUUCAGAAAGCACUCUCUAAUUUUGGGUGGAAAUACUUCAAAUCCAGUUUAUAUUCCAUCUCUACUGUGAAGAUGAAAUGGACUGCUGGUAGACUGCAUUGCAAUAAGAGUGGAGCAGAUCUGGUUGUCAUAAACAGCAAAGAGGAAAUGAUUUUUGUUCAUAGCUUGAUCGGGGAUUUGGGAGCUUGGCUUGGCCUGACUGAUGCAGAGAAUGAAGGGGUCUGGAAAUGGGUGGAUGGCAAAGAUCUGACCACAAGUUACUGGAUAAGGGGGCAGCCUAAUAAUGGUGGUAUACAUGGAAAUGAUGACUGUGGUGUUAUUGUUUUUAAAGAACCUGCACUGCAGAGCUGGAAUGAUAUGCCAUGCCAUUAUAUUUCUUUUGUGAUAUGUGAAAAAAGUGUGUAAUACAUUCAGUAAAGUUUAUAAAUAUUUUCAUUUUGUUAUUCAAUUGCAAUGACUUUUAUACAUGUGGUUAAUAUUUUAACACUUUUGGGGAUUCCUGUAUGUAUUACAACAAUAACUAACUGCCAU